UUCAUUUUAUUUUUAGCGAUUUUUUUGUAGAUUUCACGGCACUCAAAUAUAACGACACCGGUUGAUUGUCAAAAAAUAAAAAUAGAAGCGAAACAAGAAAUUUGACAAGAGAUACGAGUCUUAUGGGUAAUCGAUAGGGCCAAGCAAUGGAAUCACCUCUUAAUUUGGCUCACCAGCAAGGUAGGAAGGCAGACAUGUUGUUAAAGUCAGGAAAAUAUGAAGAAGCUAUCACCUGCCAUAAUAGAGCUGCAGAAUAUUUGUUAGAAGCGAUGCAGCAGACAAGGUAUACCCCUGCUCUAGAGUCUCUCCAGUUACAACAUGCUCAUCACCUCAAACAGACGGACAAACUGUAUGACAGACAGAGGCGUGCUCAUAUGCUACAGAUCAAACAGAACAAAUUACAGCACUGUCAUCAAUCUACACAAACUUACAUUCAGGGACCAGUGGUACCAGCAGGUUCAGAAACAUCUAGCACAUUCCAGCAUACUCCACCUGGAACCAGUCCACAGCAUUUGGGUGAAAUGCAUUCUGGGAUGGAAAAUCCAUCUCCACUUGAAGAGGAUUCUAUUUAUAGAACACUAACUGCUCAAGAUUCUUUAAUUGGGUUAUUGUUAAGACGAAAACAAAAUCUUGGUGACAAUAAUACCUCGUUCCAUUCAGGUGUUCCAGUGGAGAGAGUUUUCUAUUCCAAAUCAAAGGAGGCCCGGCAGAAUAACAAGUCUGAAAAGGAGACAGAAGAUCUAAGAUUUCAUAACGAAGACUUAAGGCAACAUGUUCAGCAGUUACUAAAAGAGGUAGAAGAUGUCAAGAAAGAAAAUAAACUGUUAAAAGAAAAGGUAGAAGGAACACAGCCGAUCUUCAGCGAUGUUGGAGAUUGCGAAUUACAUCUCAUUCCUGAUUUACCUCCCCUGGAAAUGCCUCAGUUUGACCUUGACCUUCUGGAACAAGAAAACAAGAAAAAGCCAGAUGAGUCAGAAGCUGAUGUUUUUGGGAUGUCACCUUUGUAAUGGUUUUUCUCUUAAAUGAGCAUGUACCAGUACUUCAUGUCAUUUGUCCAGUUGUGAAGCUAUUUGCCCUAUAAUUUCAAUCUGCAGCUAACAUUUACAAAGCUCUAAACCAGGAUUUUGGUUUAACAACAUGUCAUCACUGUGUGUUCUUUACAAAAUCAUGUGCUUGGGGUCUUUAAUAGGUUAUUGGAUUUCAGACUUAGUGAUUACAUGUAAGUCAGCAAUAAAAUAGCUAAAAGUCUAAAUACUAAAUUAGAACAUGCUUAUCAAAUCAGCUGAUGUGCUGCCAUGGGAAAAAUAAACAUUGAUAUUAUGUUUUUAUAAUUGAAAUAUCACUAUAAUGUUUCAUGACUAUACUUAUAUGAUGAUUAGCUGCAUUUAUAAAUAAGUUUAUUCCCCAUACCUUUAAAUUCAUAUUUGUGAAUAGAAUUUUGUUCAUCAUAUUAAUAUUUAAGAAUGAGACUAGAGACUUUACCAUUUGGUGGGUGAAUUUUUGAAGAUUUAUUUUCUGCUCACCUAAGCACAAGGUUCUCAGAAAUAAGCUUUUUUGGUGGCAAGAUGCUUAAGAAAGUAGCGCUGAAUGUAAAAUUAUUAAUAUUUGUCGUAAAUGUAGCAAAAUGUAAACAAAGUAGUAUUUUGACUUUCAUACAUAAUACUUAAUCACUAAAGCUGAGGUAAAAUAAUGCUGAAAGUAGUACAAUGUAUAAUGAAUGUAAGUUCUUUUGUAGUUUAUGUCUCUAUAUGAUUGUUAGAUAAAGAUGAUUAUUUUAAAGGCAUGUUAAGCCGCAGAAAAACAUAAAAAUUUUCUUUGAAGUGAAGGCAAACUUGUUUUUUACAAUAUUUUAUUAAUGGACUUAAGGCAUAGCAGAUGCUUAUUAUUGAAGAAAGCGAUGUGUAAGGGAAAAAAAUGUCAUAGAUACAUACAAGAAGCAAAAUGUAAAUAAAAUUGAGUUCUGUCUCCUAAGCAAAUUACAAACUUUAUUUAUGGCCAAAAAGCAAGAUAUAAACUAUAUGGCUGAUAAGUAUUGCAUCAUUAACUAUAAUAGAACAUAAAAAAAUGAACCACUUUUUUGAAAUGAAAAUUAUAGCAUUUGUGGGGCUAAACAAUCCCCAGUGGCUGCAUGGUCGAGUGGUUAACGCUUAGGAUAAGUUUUCUGAAGAUCACUUAAAAAGCUGCAUGGGUUCAAACCCUGUCAGGGGCAAAUCGUUGUUUCCUUGAGCAAGAAACUUUACACUCAUUGCUUAGUACUGGUCUGUUCUAGGAACAAAUUUGAAAGUGUGUUUAUAAGCUUAUAGCUUCCUACACAAGCCAACUAAAAUAAAUUCUUAUAAACCAAACAAUCCUAUUAUGUUUCAUGUAUUUUGUUUUUCAAUCUAAGGUAAUUCAUGAUUUAUAUGUGAUAUAUUGAGAGGACCAAUGUUUUAUUCAUGUUGAAUUUUAUUUUUGAUUCCAGACAAUGAAUAUGGCAAUAAUUGAAUAUUGACUUUAUUGUUUAAAGUUAUAUAUGUAUAUAAGUCAUCUAUUUUAGUCUUUCCAGCAUCAUUGUGAAUGUUUUAAUGUUAAAAUCAGUAUGAAUUUCAUGCUGUAUUCUAUUACAGUAUAUAAAAAUGUUUAUAAAUAUAAAA